GUACUAGGUGGCGGCGCGGGGGCUUUUAGGAGAACAAAAUGGCAGCAUGGGGGUUACGGCUUGGAGUGGCUAAGCCCUCAGAAAUUGGGGCUGUGAUGGGGCGCGUGAACCGAACUUACAGCACGUCCCCGGUCUUCUCUGAAGUACUACGGCUGCCGAAGAGGCAGCUCACGAAGCUGGUGUUCCCACUACAGGAACUCGAGCGGCAUCUUGUAUCGGACCCGAGGCCCGACCUUCACCUGAGGAUUUUCGACCCGAGUUUGGAGGACAUAGCGAGGGCCGAGGACGUCUUCACGCCCACUGCCCGACACCGCAUCGAGUACGUCAGCUCAGCUGUCCGCCUGGACCACGCUCCAGAUCUCCCCCGUCCUGAGGUGUGUUUUAUAGGCCGAAGUAAUGUUGGAAAAUCUUCCCUAAUAAAGGCUUUAUUUUCACUGGUCCCUGAGGUUGAAGUUAGAGUCUCCAAGAAACCGGGUCACACAAAGAAAAUGAAUUUUUUCAAAGUUGGAAAAUAUUUUACAUUGGUGGACAUGCCAGGUUAUGGCUAUAGAGCACCUGAAGAUUUUGUUGACAUGGUAGAGACCUAUCUAAAAGAACGAAGGAAUUUGAUGAGAACAUUUUUGUUAGUGGAUAGUGUUGUUGGAAUUCAAAAAACAGACAAUAUUGCCAUAGAAAUGUGUGAAGAAUUUGCAUUACCUUAUGUGAUGGUAUUAACAAAAAUUGACAAAUCUUCCAAGGGACAUCUUUUAAAACAAGUGCUACAGAUUCAGAAAUUUGUUGACACUCAAACACAAGGAUGUUUUCCGCAAUUGUUUCCUGUAAGUGCUGUGACCUAUUCUGGAAUCCAUCUGUUGAGAUGCUUUAUAGCAAAUAUAACAGGAAAUCUUAAGACUAAUGGCUAAAGAUUCCAAAUUUUUAUGCCAGCUGGAGUUAAACACCUAAAAGAAUUUCAACAUUGUUUUAUAUGUUGUGUGUUUGAAACUUAUAAGAGAAUUGCUUCUGUUUCAAAACCUGUCUUCCCAAACCAGGAAUGAAUUUGUGUCUGGGAAAAAUAAUUUAUAAAUAAUUGGAUUAUGCUGUUCAUUAGAACAGAUACUAGCUACUUUUUGACAAACUGACAAACAAGAGCAAACAGAAAUCCAUAAAAUGAAAACUUACUACUACUGUGUAGAGAAGGGUUUGCCAUGUUAUUUAUUGGGCUUUUGUCUUUUAAAGAAAAUGUCUAUUAUGUAUACUUUUUUUCUUAAUUUUUUAUUUAUUGAGAUUGUUCACAUACCAUACAAUUAUCCAAAGAUCCAAAGUGUACAAUAAUUGCCCCCAGAACCAUCAUACAGCUGUACUAUUAUGUAUAAUUUUAAAUAUUAAAAGGGACUAGGUAAAUGGGGCUGUUUUUCAGUUAAGUAUUGAUAGGUAGGUUGAUAAAUAAAUCCGCCUGUGUAUACUAUAA